GAAUACAAUACCAAUGUGACACUCUUUCAUCGAUAUAAGUAUUUAUCAAAGAAAUUAAUAGCAAUAGACAUGCUGAUUAUUGCUGUAAUAUUUUUCUCAGUAGUCGAAGCAAUGGACAAAUGUGACAGAGUUCAGAUAGACAAUUCAUACUACAAACGACAGCUAAUAUCCAUAGUAGAUGGAACCCCAAGUAACAUAGCCGUGGAUUCGAGCACUGGAAAUAUAUAUUUCAUCCUAAAUAAGCGUAACUAUACCAAAGGGGUAUUCGUAAUAAGGCAUGGUGCUUUAGGAGCUAAGAAACUACAUAUCUACGAAGAUAACACGCCACAAUGUAUAGCUAUAGAUGAUAGAAAUGAUAAAGCCUACAUUGGAACUAAUUCUGGUAUUCUCACUUAUGAUUUCGCCACAGAAAUGAUGUCCCAAAGACCUAUAGGUGAUGAUGAUAUAAGAAGUAUAUUUAUCGAUAAACAUACAAACAAUAUGUAUAUAACUAUUGGAUCAAACCAUGAAGUAUAUAAGUUUUUGAAUGAAAGCGCCGCUGUUAAGCAAUUCGAUAAGGUACCGAAAGCGUACAACUUCGUUUUAGAUGGAAGAGGCAAUGUAUUCUAUGAACAUGUAGAUGGAAGAAUUUACUUCUAUAACAGUGACUAUUUUGAAGCCAUACAAUAUAAAGGAUUUAGCAAAGAAUUAAAAUAUAUCAUCAGAAUUGAUAAUGAAGAUAAAGCGAUGGUUACGGUUAAGGAAUAUCUGUUUAAAUUACUCAGUAAAUGCAUUUUGCCAGUAAAAAUAGCAGAUUUGGAGUUCAAAAUCACAGGCUUGGCUUUUGACUCGAAGAAUGAUAUAAUAGUUGGAACCAAAGGGAAGAUAUACAGGUUCAAACUCAUAGAUCAGAAUGAACCUUGUCACGCAGAAGACUUUUACAUGGCUAACUUAAAAUAAUUAAUGGAUCAGUAGCGCGUAGCUAUUUUAA